ACCGAUAAAACCCUAGACAACUAAUCUCUCCCGUCAUAUAAAAUCAUCAAACCCCUCUUUCUUUCAGCCGUAGGAGAACGCACGGCGAUCAACCAUGUCGAAGCGAGGUCGCGGAGGUUCCGCUGGGAACAAAUUUCGUAUGUCACUUGGUUUGCCGGUGGCUGCCACUGUGAAUUGCGCCGACAACACUGGUGCCAAGAACCUGUACAUCAUUUCAGUCAAGGGAAUCAAGGGUAGGCUUAACCGUCUGCCGUCGGCGUGUGUCGGUGAUAUGGUUAUGGCCACCGUGAAGAAAGGUAAGCCAGAUCUCAGAAAGAAGGUCAUGCCUGCUGUUAUUGUUCGUCAACGCAAGCCAUGGCGCCGAAAGGACGGUGUUUUCAUGUACUUCGAAGAUAAUGCUGGUGUUAUCGUCAAUCCUAAGGGAGAAAUGAAAGGAUCUGCUAUCACUGGACCAAUUGGAAAGGAAUGUGCUGAUUUAUGGCCAAGGAUUGCGAGUGCUGCUAAUGCUAUUGUUUAAGACUAUUUCAAGUUGAGUGUCUGGUUUUUGUUCUAAGCUAGUUUUUAUUAAAAUAGCUGUUUUUUGUUUUUUUGAGAAUAUUGUUAUAAGACCUUAUUUGCCUACUACUCCACAUGUGGAUUAACAAUGAUUUUCCUUCUUUUGCUGUCAAUUUUGCUUUUGUUAAUUUUUCUACGUAUAUUCUAUCUACAAUUA